AUGGGCCGCGAUUGGUUGUCGAUAAUUCAACUUGAUUUACACCGCGUUUACCGCGGUGAUUCGGAUCAUCAGGGUGUGAAUAAAUUUACGGUGGAGUCGAUCCUUAGUAAAUACCCAUAUAUUGGUGAUGGAAAACUUGGCAAAGUUAAGGGUGUAAAAGGAAAAUUGUACGUCGACCCUGACGCAACGCCGAAGUUUUUCAAACCGCGUAGUGUCGCAUACGCAAUAAGCGACAAAUUUGAUACUGAACUUGAUCGCUUGAGGUCUGAGGGUAUUUUGUCUCCUGUGAAAUUUGCUGACUGGGCUGCGGCAAUAGUCCCAGUGUUAAAGGCAGACAAGAAAACUGUCAGAAUUUGCGGUGACUUUAAGCUUACGGUUAAUAAGGUUGCCAUGGUUGAAAAAUACCCAAUGUCAAAGGUUGAGGACCUUUAUGCAAAACUUGCUGGAGGCAAGAAGUUUACGAAACUGGACUUGAAGCAUGCGUAUCUACAGAUUGAGUUGGACGAGGAAUCGAAGAAGUAUACAACAAUCAAUACACCAAGGGGGCUGUUUCAGUACAACCGCCUACCGUUUUGCGUAAAUUCCGCGCCCGCAAUUUUUCAGCGGAUUAUCGAUUCUGUCCUUAGUGGUCUUCUUUACGUAGUCGCUAGGAUGGACGGCUGUGAUGAGGAGCAUCUGAAAAUUCUGAAUGAGGUGUUGCGCCGACUCUCUGAAGCAGGGAUCAAGCUGGAAAAAUGUGUGUUUCUGGCUGAUAGCGUCAUUUACCUCGGUUAUCGGAUCGAUGCGGAAUGUAUUCACCCGGUCGAGGAGAAGGUGCGCGCUAUUGCCCAAGCUCCAGCACUUACGGAUGUCAAGGAGUUACGAACUUACAUGGGAUGUCUGAACUACUAUGCAAAGCUCUUACCGAAUUUGUCGAUGCUGUUGGCUCCACUGCAUGAGCUGCUGGUGAAAAAUGUGCGCUUUCACUGGGGCCCUGAGCAGGAGUCAGCUUUUCAGAAAUCCAAGGACUUACUACAGUCGUCACAGGCGCUUGUGCACUAUGAUCCGACCGAAGACAGUGUACUCUCAUGUGAUGCCUGA